GUUAAUCUUUGUGUAAAUUACAUGUUGGCGGUAUAUGUUUGGUCAUCUCUUCAGAGAAUCGCUUUGACUGCCAAUAGUGUCAGCGACAUGCCUGACUUAAAUUAGUAAGAUGUGAUCACUUAAGUGAAAUGACAUGAAGCAAAUAAGUCCCUUAGAAUAACAUGUAAAAAGAUACCAGGAGCAAAAAGUUUACUUUUUGAAUGAAAUGUGAGUAAAGAUGAAAAGAAGAAGACGCUGGCUGCUGACAUGCUUUUGAGCUUAUCACCAAGGGGGGUUAGAGCAAAGACCAAGACAGAGUAAGAGUGCAAAUAUGCCGGUUUCAUAAUGAGUCAUGACUUAAAUGACAUUUUCAGAAUAAUCCCCUGCAUGCUGGUGUCAGUCAGACAGUCAGAGGGUCCCAGGCAACAUACUGCAUUAUCUUCUCCUCCACAAUGCAGUUACUCCAUUAUUUCAUCUUUUUCUUACUCUGUGGGUUCAGUGUACUUUCGUAUACAGCGUCCCUUCAGUGUAAUGAGGAACAAUAUGCUUGGCCUUUGGAUAAGCCCAAACAUUGCUGUGACAAGUGUCCGCCAGGUCACAAAAUGAAGCGAUCUCGGAACCAACGCACUUGCGGGAUUGAGUGCAUCCAAUGUGAGGGCGAACGUUUCUCUGAUAACUACAAUGUGGAUCUUAGCUGCAAAGUCUGUGAAGUCUGCAAUAAACCCAACAUGGACUACAAAUCUAAGUGCAAUUCCACUCAUAACACCGUGUGCAAAUGCAAUCCAGGCUACAGAUGCAAAGACCAGGCCUGCACACAGUGUGUGCUGGUAACCCCCACCACAAAAUCGACUUCUCCUCCGUCCACUACAGCCAACACGGUGAAGAACAUGGGAAAAAGUCCUGUGGGGAAUAACGUCUCAACAAGGGGCAACAACUUUAAAUGCAAUUCCACUCACAGCAAUCCAGGCUACAGAUGCAAAGACCAGGCCUGCACCCAGUGUGUGCUGGUAACCCCGACCACAAAACCGAUUUCUCUUCCGUUCACUACAGCCUCCAAAGCUGUGGACCCAGCCACACCUGAGGAGGCCCCUCAUCAAGUCAGAGAUACAGUCCUUCUCCUGGUGAUAAUUAGCCUUCUGUGUCUUGGAAUUGCACUCUUGGCUGUAGCAAAAAUGAAGCCAUUUCUGCAGUGGAUGAGGACCCACACAGUUUAUAUUGUGACUGACAAACAUGCUGAAAAACCUCUACGAGCAGAAGACGAAGACAUGCCCAAGCCUGUGCAGGAAGCGUGUGGCAAAUGUGAGCAGUGCAUUGACAUAUGUGUUAGAGACUAGAGCGCGGAGUGGAGCGUGCUGUGUUCGGAGGGACUUUAUAGCCACACACAAUACCUGCAAAACAUCAGAAUACUGCUGUAGAAAAAUGGAAGCAGGUGGCAUUUCAGGCCAUCUUGCUGAAGAUUUCAAAUGGUCGGAGACGAAUGUGUUUCCUUAAAAGAAAUGUAUUACAAUGGGUUGAUGAAACUGUAACUACAAAUCUGGGAGACGAGGAAAACUGAGGACACUGCGACAGAUGCAGUCUGACGUUAAAAAUGAGUAUGUACUGAGGUACACAAUUUUAAUGAUAUUUAAGUGUUUUUUAAAUGUAUCUGUAUAUAUUAUACAGAAUAUAUAUCUGUACAUGUGUAUGAGAGUGGCCCCAUGAAUGGUUUGGAAACUUUUUUAGAAUGAAAAUGAGUUUAAAUAAACUGUUGACAUGUAUGUAAGCACAUAAAUGCUGCACUUUUUCACUUCAACAAUGGUUUAUUUAAUUAUAAAGUACAUGUUUUUCUUCCUCACCGUUUUUUUUCUUCAAUAUCACAAUUUUAAUCUCUAACAUUCAAGUAUAAUAAAAAAAAUAUUUACAAGUAAUGUAUUUUUAAAUAUAACUUAAAAUAAAAAUGAGAGUUUCUUA